AUGGCUUCUUAUCAGAAAAAAAUCGAAGAUUUUGAAUCAGUAUUGAAAUGUGAUAAAAUUGAUUUAGUAAAAUUGAAGCAUCUGGCAUUUAUGGAACUUUAUCGUGGGUAUAUUAAAGAAACAAUAAUAAAACCUGGCCUUCAAACAUCACCAACUCCAUUAGAAGUUGUUGAUCACCCACUUAAUUCGGGACCAGAUAGUUCAUGGGCAGCCUAUUUUAAGGAAAAUGAAGUGUUACUACAAAUUGACAAAGAUGUUCGGCGUUUAAGCCCUGAUUUAUGUUUUUUUCAACGUGAAACAGAUUAUCCCUGUAAAGAAAUUUUAAAUCAAGAGCCAGGAUUUGAAAGCUUACGGAAACGUAUUGUAUCAACUACAUUAAAAGUUGAAUCUCAGUUACAGAAACGUUUUGGCACUGUUGAAUUGAAAUCGAAUGAAUCAUUAUAUGGGAACAGUAAUGGUGAUGACUAUGGUGAAUAUCAAUUAUUACCUGAUGGACAUGAAGCACAUUGGGAGGUUGUUGAAAGAAUAUUGUUUGUUUAUUGUAAAUUGAAUGUUGGUCAAGGUUACGUUCAGGGAAUGAACGAGAUUAUUGGUCCACUUUAUUAUACAUUUGCCACAGAUCCACAUGUUGAAUGGAGAGAACAUGCUGAAGCCGAUUGCUUUUAUUGCUUCACAAAUUUAAUGGUUCAUAUACGCGAUAAUUUUAUCAAAGUUUUGGACAAUACGGCUUAUGGAAUUGUGGUUCGAAUGCAACGAUUUCUACAUUUAUUGAAACGAACCGAUAGUAUUAUUCAUAAUUUAUUCGAACGAUUAAAACUGAAACCAGAAUUUUAUGCAUUUCAUAGUCAUACCAAUGAUUCGUCUGGUUGUAUGGCUGCCUCAAAUGACUUUUUACUACUGCGUGGACUUUAUAGAAUUAAACAAGAAAUUACAGCAAAGUUAUUAACUGCAUGGUUACGAAUUGAAGAAGAAAUUUUUGAAAUAGUCGAUUAUACAACAGCAAGCGAUUGGGAACGCUUUAUAUCUCGUAUCGAAGAAAUAUUAACAGAGUGGAAAUUAAAUGGGCCAGAAAUAUCAAAUACAGAAGUAUAUCUAUCGCAUUGGUAUGGACUACGUGAAUUUAUUGUAAUAUCGCCUAAACGAAAUAAUGAUGCCGUUGCAGACGAGGAUCGUGCAAAUUUAUUACUUAGUUCAGCAGCUGUUGCCGUGGCUAAUGUGGGAUGCAAUGUACCCAUAUUCAUUAGGGUUCAACAUGAAUGGCGUAAUUUGUUUGUUGGAAUUUGUGAGGGCGGUGGCUUGAGAACGCACUUUAACAUUUGUCAUUUAAAAAAUGUUCCACAACAGUUCAGAAACUUGUCCGGUUUAUUGGAGAUCUUUAAAUCGAAAUUAGGUCAACAUGUAACGACAGAUACAGUGAUUAUGGUUGCAGUAAGAUUUACUUAUGUACUCAAAGAAUUUGAACAUUAUCAAACUGGGAAUAAUAGUUUAUCAAAAGAUGAAAAUGGUUUGCCAGUUUUGAAUACUCUUCCAUUCGGUGCUCUGUAUGAUCCUGUAAGCGGACUUCAUUUAUCUUGCGGAUGGCCAAUAUUCUCUGAAGAUAUAGUGACAGAAAGUGAUGAUUACAAUGAUUUUGAUCCGUUACAAAGUCAACAAUGGGCUGUUGGUGUAACACUUAUCGAUGAUUUGCCUGUAUUGUUAAGUGAAUGUGUCAAAGAAUACAUUCAAUUGUCAACAAGGCGAGAAACAAUUGAACAAUUACUCGGAAAAAUUCAACAAACUGAGGCGGAUCCAUUACGCUCGAUAACAGAUAGUAUUGGUGCUCAAUAUUGGACUUCGAUAUCAUCUUCAUUUGUUAAUACAACAAAAAAGUUGAGAGUAACAAUUUUCGAUCCACCGUUACCACAAAUAUUAGUCGAAAAAAUAAUUGAAUAUUUAUUUAGUGAACCAACUCUAAAAAGGCAGAAUUCGUCAGUUGACGAAAAUCCAAAAAUAACUGAACGUUUGCGACAAUUAAAAUCUGCACCUCCAGACAGUUUUGUUUAUCGAUUAGUUGUCUGUUUUGCCUGUAUAUGUAGUUCACCAUCGUAUAAUCAUUUACGCUCAAUUGCACAUAUUUGGUUUGAUGUAUUACAAGAAUUACGUUCGAGAUGGGAAAAUGGAAAACUGAUUCCAUGUUUAGAACCAGGCUCACCCAAUUUAUCAUUAUCAAAAUUCUAUCAAAAUUUACAAAUGUUAAAUUGUUGUACAGAAUAUCGUCUUCGUCAUCAACAACAGCAAUCGGAACGAGCACAACAAGUGGGAGCGAAUAGUGAUGACAGUGGAGAAGAGGAGUUUUAUGAAUGUGAUGCAUCAUCGAUACAGAAUUUAUCAUUAUCAAAAGUAAAUUCAGAUGAGCUAGUCAUUCAACCGGAAGGAAGAUUAAAACCAUUUGGUGAUCUUAAGUUAUUAAAGUCUGAUGAAAUAUUGUAUAUACCUAUAACUCAGGAAGGAGCACCAGCAACGGAAGAUAUCCUCGAUGAACAAACAGCAAUAUUGUCGAAUCUUGGCUCUGGUGAAGAAGCAACACUCCAACGGGCAAAAAUGCAAAGUCGAUCACUAUUGUCCGAUAUGGAAUCUUUUAAGGCUGCUAAUCCAUCAUGUUGUCUCGAGGAUUUUGUACGUUGGUAUUCACCUCGGGAUUGGAUUGAAAUGGAAGAAAUCGGUAGUGAUAAUGUUGUUCAUAAAAAAGCACAAUUAAGUCCAAGAAUGCAAUUACCAGGAAAUCUUUGGUUAGAAGUGUGGUCACAAGCAAAAUGUGUUCCUGUACGAAAACAAAAACGUUUAUUUGAUGAUGUUAAAGAAGCAGAAAAAAUAUUACAAAACUUAUCGGCAUUAUCGCCUGGAGAACUUUUAGAACAGUUGAUACCUAUACUGUUGCAUGCAACAUAUGACCGAGUGGCUAGUAAUGCUGAAGAUAUGGGUGAAGAAAAUGCAUCUCCGUUACUCGAGACUGUAUACGAAAAAGCAGUUCGAAUAGUGAAAGGAAAAGACGAUAAGAGAAAGAAACUUCAACAGGAAUUUAUACAAUGUCUAUCGUUAAUUGAGCGGCACAUAUGCCGAUUUCAAUCAUUUCAACAAAAAUUUUUUACUUCGGAUUUAAAUGCACAUGAAAAGAUCGAAAUGACGCGUUUUAUCUCUGAAUUACAUACAAAACCCGAAGUACCCGUUAUUGGUGGUCCGAAAAGUUGUCUCGGAAAAACCAUUGUUAAAAUGUUUCAAUCACAAGUUAAUUCAUCAUCUAGUCAGACCACAACUUCUACAACGUCAACACCAAAUAUCAAUAUCAAAAAUAAAUUUCCCUCACCACCAGCGGGAAAAGAAUACAUUCUACGAGCAUCCACAUCACGUCCAGUAAAUGGAAGAUCUCGACAAAGUCCCCAACGUAUGUACGCUAUGUUGACUCAAGACGAGGUGCGGAUAGCAGGAGCUUUUUCUGAAGAUACAACAUUUUUUUGA